AUGUCAGAAACUUCUUUUGGUGUAGUGUCUUUUACAAUCCUAUUAAUUUUGUUUAUAUAUGCAACAGCAGGAUCAUAUUUUGAACAUAAACAUGUAAGAUGAAUUGAUGAUGAAUAGAUCCAUUUUAUACAUGAGACAGGAUUAGGAAUUAUUUUGGGAAUAAUAGCAGGAGGGAUGUUUACAUUGAUUUAUAGAGGAACAUUGUAUUAUAUUGUAAAUAAAGUUAAUAAACUAGUACGAAUUUAAUGAAUCAUUCUUCUUCUACAUAUUGUUACCAAUUAUCAUAUUUGCAGGUGGAUACAAUUUAAAUAAAAGAAGGUAUAUAUAUUUAUAAGAGAAUAGAUUCUUUUAAAAUUUUUUAUACAUUAAUUUAUUUGGAUUGUUUGGUACAUUAUUGACUUUCUUGUUGAUAGUAAGCAUGACAUUUUUAAUAAGUGAUGGAGGUUUGAAUAAAUUUUUGAUUCUAUAUAGAUUUAAUUAAAAUUUGGGGAAGUGAUACUACAAUAAAAUUAACAACAGAGUAAAUAAUGUUAUUUUCAGCAACCAUUUGUGCCACUGAUUCUGUAGCAGCUUUGACAAUGAUAAAACCUAAUAAAUAUCCUUAAUUAUUUAGUGUAGUAUUUGGUGAGGGAAUGGUUAAUGAUGCUGUUUCUAUAAUUCUAUAUAUAUCUGUAGAUUUAUUAUCAGGGAAACAUGAUACAAUAUUUACAGUCUCAUUAGAGUUCUGUUUUCUAUUUAUUUUGGAAUUCUUUUGUAGUUUAGUAGUUGGGUUAUUGUUUGGAGUAUUGGCAUCUAUAUUUUUCAAAUAUUUUAGAUUCAUAACAGAAUCAGUAAUAUUAGAAAUGGCAAUAAUAAUAUACAUCGCAUAUGGUAGUUUCACAGUUUGUGAAUUACUUGGUUUAAGUGGAGUUCUAUCAGUGUUAGCUACUGGAGCUUUAAUGGCUUAUUACAAUAUAUAUAAUUUAUCCAAUUUGGGAUAGGUUGCAUCAAAGUAAAAAUGAGUAUAGAAUAAUAUAGAAUUACUGUUUCAACACUUUCUUUAAUAUGCGAAGCCUUCAUCUAUAUUUAUUUAGGACUAUCAAUGUGGAUAUUAUCAGGAUAUACUAAUUCAGAUGAUGUGAUAGAAAAACCAAAAUGUAGUUGGACAUUUUUGGUAUUGGAAUUAUUGAUUUGUUUUAUUUCCAGGGGUAUAUCUAUGGCAGUUCUAUCAGGAAUAGUUUAUUUAAUUAAGGGAAAGUAGAAAUUUAAACUAUCCCUUUAAGAACUUAAUAUUAUUUGGUUUGCUGGAUUAAUUAGAGGAUCAGUGGCAUAUGCUUUGAUUACUAAAUUAUAAAUCUCUAAUUCUGAUGAAAGGUAUUAAGUAGAAGUCAUAAAAACUACUGUCUUAUUUAUGGUUAUCAUUACUACUAUCAUCCUAGGAGCCAUGAUGCCAUUUUAUAUAAAAAUAAAUUUACAAAAAAAAGUAGUAGAUUUAAAUAGUAAGUUAUUAGAUAAUAAUAAUGAAAUGGAUAGUUAAUAUCAUAGAGAAAUUUAAAAUAAAUUUAAAUAUCUAGAUGAUCAUUAUUUUAAAUAUUGGAUGAUUUUUAAUUAUAAAAAUAGAAAAUCAGAGAUUCUUCAAUAGUAAUAAUAAAAAUCACAAGAUGAAGAUAAUUACAAUAAGAUUGGUUUAGUUUCAUAGUUUCAAUCAAAGUUUACAGGAAAUUAAAAUAUAAUAUUUUAUGUUUCAGCUAAUAAUAAUAAUAAUAAUAAUAAUUUUCGAACAGAAUCCUUGAUAGAAGGAAUAGAUGA